AUGAUAAUUAUCAACAGAACCAUUUUUCAGCCGAAAAGCUUUUUUCUCCUUGGCAUCCCAGGACUAGAAGCUGCCUACAUCUGGAUAUCUAUCCCUUUCUGCCUGGUCUAUAUAUUGGCUCUGGUGGGGAAUUGUACCCUUCUUUUCAUUAUUAAGACUGAUCCCAGCCUGCAUGAACCCAUGUUUCUAUUCCUCUCCGUGCUCUCUGUAGCAGACUUAAUGCUUACCACCACCACCAUGCCAAAAAUCCUCAGUCUCUUCUGGUUUAAUGAUGGGGAAAUUUGCUUUGAAGCCUGCCUCACCCAGGUAUUUCUCAUACAUGCUAUGUCCAAUAUGGAAUCUGAGAUCAUACUGGCCAUGGCUUUUGACCGCUAUGUGGCCAUCUGCAACCCCCUUAGACAUUCAACCAUUUCGACCGUUAGUGUUAUUCAGGGCCUAGGACUGUCUAUUCUCCUCCGUGGAAUUGUGCUGCUUGGUCCUCAUCCAUUCAUGCUUAGGUGGCUUCCCUAUUGUAGGACUAAUAUCAUCCCUCAUACCUACUGUGAGUUUAUGGGUUUGAUCAACCUAGCCUGUGCACCAACCAAGAUACCUAGAGCUUACAGCCUAUUUGUUGCCUUUAUAACAGCAGGGCUUGACUUCAUACUGAUUAUCUGUUCCUAUGUCCUCAUUCUGCGCACUGUGUUUUGCCUACCCUCUAGUGAAGCCAGAAUUAAGACACUAAGUACCUGUGGCUCUCAUGUAUGGGUCAUAUUGAUUUCUUAUACCCCUGCCUUCUUUUCCUUUCUCACUCACAGGUUUGGACAUCAUAUUGCUCCUUCUAUCCAUAUUUUUGUGGCCAAUAUCUAUGUCCUUGUUCCACCCAUGGUGAACCCCGUCAUCUAUGGGGUCAAAACUAAACAGUUACAGGAGAGGUUCCUCAAAUUUUUCACAGGUUAA